AUGGACCAGAUCGAAGCAGCAGCGCGUCUAACGCCAUCCCAAGUACUGCCAUGGCAUCAUCAGCCUCGUUACUUUCACCACUUGCAGCAACGAUACAAAGCGGCACAUUUAAUGCUGGGCCAACUUGAAGACCAUCCACUUCGUUUGUCCCGGUUCGCCAUGCUAGAUUUAAGAGAUAAGCUAAUCUGUGUUACAAUUUAA